AUGAGUGAACAAAGAGGCGGCGGCGGCUACGUCGACCCGAACUUCCCUAACCCCGGCGGCAAAUGGGACACGCCCGUCAUCAUCUACGGCUACACGCCGUCCUUCGCGCUCGCCGUCCUCGCCGACGUGCUCUUCUUCCUCCUCCUCGUCGUCCACACGUGGCAGGUCGUCCGCCACCGCAGCUGGUACUUCGUCACCGUGCCCGUCGGCCUCCUCUUCGAGAUCGUCGGCUACGUCGCGCGCUCCCUCUCGGCCCGCGCGAACCCGUACAACCUGAUCUACUUCAUCCUCAACUACUUCUUCAUCGUCACGGCGCCCGUCUUCCUCGCCGCGGGCGUCUACACCGUCCUCUCGGCCCUCAUCCACCGCCUCGGGCGCGGGUUCUCGCCGCUGCCGCCCAAGGUCGUGCUCUGGUUCUUCGUCACCUCGGACGUCAUCGCGACCAUCACGCAGAUCUCGGGCGCCGCGCUGAUCGGCGUCAAGCAGUCGCGCCGCGAGGACCCGACGACGGCGAACAACAUCCUGCUCGCCGGGCUGGCGUACCAGGUGUUCUCCAUCGGGUGCUUCGUCAUCACAACCUCGGUGUUCCUCUUCAGGGCCAGGCACGCGAUCAAGGAACACAGGCUGACGGCCUUUGUCGCGGCGUUCGUGGCGGCCACGUUGCUCAUCUACCUGCGCACUUGCUUCCGUCUCGCCGAGACCGCGGAGGGCCUCGGAGGGGAGCUUUACUCGAACGAGGUCUACUUCGGCGUGCUCGAAUUUGCGCCCGUGGUGCUGGCCGUCAUUCUGCUGUCUGUCUGGCACCCUGGCAGAUGCGUCGCCAGGAAGGUCUCCGGGGACGUCGGCGAUGUUGAGAAGAGGAGAGUCCGCAGCAACGAAUCAGUUCAGAAGUAG